CCCAGAAUCCUAUGUGAUUCAAAUUGAUGGCAGUUCUGUGUACAGGUGUUUUUGCGAGGGCUCUUUGUACUGAAGCCUUUUUGUGCAUAUAAAUUUGAAAUAGUUCGCUUUUGUAGUUGGUUGAAGAGGACACCGUAGUAUUUAAUUGGGGUUACAUUAUAGUAGCAGAGGUAAAGGACUAUUAACAAACAAAUAAUGACGUCCCCAGGUCACAAUCCUCAUCUGUUUAGAUGGAGGAGGCUCGGCAAGAGUAACAUAAAUAAGACGCAUGUGAAGAAUGGUGAUAUCGAUCAGUGGAGGAAGCGAGUUGAGACGGCUUCAGAGUUUGCUGUAUCUGAAGUCUUCUCCCACAAGAGACCUCACUCAGAAACAUCGGUAGCUUUGCAAAGCUCUGACCAGCUAAGAGACCACGAUGACGCUUAUAGUGAAGCUCAGGCUCUUCUUGGUGAUUGGCUGAACAGUAAAUUGCGUCUGGAGCUGGAGAUGGAGGAGGACGAUGACUCGAUGUGCUCCGCUGAGAGAAGAAGGCCUGUUUCUUUGGCUAAUGCUCAACCCACCGCCCUGAGCUACAGCAACUUUGAUGAGCUGUACAACUGCCUGGCUGAGGAGGAAGAGCACAGCGCUGUUAACAGCUUCCUACAGGACCUGAUGGAGCAAGAGGUGUUGGACUCUGGGGUGAUGGAGGAACUGGCGCUGGAUGUUGGACAAACAAGAAAGAAGUUCAGAGACCCAGUGGUCACCAUGGAAGCACGACACCUGCAGGUGCGGGAGAACAGAGCGCGGCGGGAGGCUGAGAGGCAGAGGCAACAGAGGGAGAGGGAGGCUCAGCGGGGUGUCAAAGAGGAAGCAAAGAGGAGGGAGCGGGAGGAGGAGAUAAGGAAGAAGCAGGAGGCACGGAGGCAGGAGGAGAUGGUGCAGCAGGAGAUGGUGAGACUGCGCCGUCAGAUGGAGGAGAGGAGAGGCCUGGAACAACUGGUUCGACAGAGAGAAAGGGAGGGAGUGGAAGGUCGGAGGGCACCCAGAAGCCUUCAGUCAGCUCCUCCACAUCCCACAAAACAGCAGCAGCUGGAUACACAGCGACUUUAUAACCAACAGAAAAUUCAAACCAAGGUUCACAUGCGUAAUCUCAAGUGCCUGCAGAGGCAUUUCUCUGGAUGGUAUGCAGUGGUGUUGGACCGAAGGCUACGUUUGGGUAAGGCCAUGGCCCUCUGUGACUGGAAGAGGCAGCUGAGAGCAUGGCGAGCGUGGAGGGCAGUGGUGUGGGCAGCACAAAGGCAGCGAGAGGUGGCAAGAACAGAGCAGGAGCUACGGGCUGAAAACAGACAAUGCCAGCUGGCUGUAGAGAGUGACCGGAGGCGGUUGCUACGGCGAUGUCUGAAUGAGUGGCAGCUAUGGUGUCGGAUGGAGAAAGAACAACGAGAGCUUUUGGCCCAGCAGCAGGAGACCCGGCGCAAGAUGUCCGCCUUAAUUAACGCUGCAUCGACAGGCAAACUCAAGGCAACAGAAACGCCAACUUAUCAGCCAGUAACGGCCCCGCCUGAGGCAUCUUACCAGCCAGAGAGCACAGAAAAGGAAGAUCACCACAGGUCAGGCACUUUAGCCCCAGAGAGCUCUGCAGUACAUCAGAACAAGACCCCUGUGGGCUCUGCGGCCCAGCCCACUCAGCCAUGGCAGGUGACCCGACGCCAUGCAGCACCGACUGCCGCUGAGCUCCACGCGACACGGCAGAGAGGCGAGGGCGGUGGCGUCACCUGUUCAAAAAGGGCGGUGUCGCCGGGUGGCAGGUUUGAGAACAGACACGCCAUCCAGCAGCAGAUCAUCACGCAGCAGAGGAAGCUGUUGAAGGAGCAGCAAGAGCAAAUUGCCCGGUUGAGGGAGGAGCAGAGCGUGGCGGGCCUGGAGCUGGAAAUGGAGAGAACCGCACAGCUCACCCAGCUGUCAGUGCUGAGAGACACGAGACCAAAGAGCCAUAAGGUUGACCCCACAGAGCAGAGGGCACCGAGAGUUACUGGAGAACCUGACAGUCUCUGUGCACCUCCGAGGAAAGCUGUCACACGCCAGACGUGCCUUCAUCCAAUCAUCACAGCCAUGGAGGCCCGCGCACGCCAACGCGCAGAGCGAAGGAAGGAAAUCGAGGAACUCAAGAGAAAGAAGGAAGAGGAAAAACUGGCUGAGAUGAAAGCAGCUGAGGAGCAGAGGCAGAGGGAGGAGGAGGAGGAGAAACGCAAAGCAGCAGAAAAGAAGAAGGAGGAGAAAAGGCUGGAAAGAGAGAGGGAAGAGGAAAAACAGAGGCAGCUGAAACGGCAACAGGAGCUCAUGAAGCUGGCCCGUCAACACUACGACAGAAACUUACUGCUACGGCGAGGCCUGGCACCAUGGAAACGCCUCAUUCAGCUCAGACAAGCCAACAUGCAGCUGGCCGAGAGUCACCACAAUCUCUUCCUCCUGAGGCGGUGCACGCUAGGCUGGCAGCAAUCAUCAAGAGAGUCCUUGUCUGAGAAAGAAGCUUCUGCUGACCAACUGCACCAGCACUUCUUGCUUCGGAGGAGCUUAAGCUGCUGGAAAAGACUAAAGGACUGGCGGAUGAUUCAAGAGGAGAGAGCCGAGCGUUUCUAUCGCACUCGCACUAUGAGGAGGUUUCUGCUGGCACUGCUGGACCAUGUGACCCAGGAGAGGCUGGUGGAGUGGGACCGUCAGGAGCUGGCUCAGGAGCACAAUAACAGACGGGUGCUGCGGCGAUGUUUCCUGGCCUGGGGGCAGCUUCCAUAUCUGCUGCGCAGGGAAAGAAAGAAGGAGGAGCGGCGGGAGAAGCUGGGGCGGAAAGUGACUGAGGUUCUGCCUGAUUUCGGCUCCCAUCCACUGUAAAGCCUCUGGGAGAAACUGUCACUGUAGGAAACAAACUGCAUAGCCAUACAGACGACACACACAGAUCUCAACAACUCUGGAGAGGACCCUACAGACACACAUACACAGGCACAUUUCUCACAUUUAUUUAAUAUAAAUAAAUAAAACACACAACUGGACCAAAACAAGUUUUAGGAUUCCAAAAAAAGCUUUCAAUCACUUUGUGGACUAAUAAAAGCAGCAGUAGUGGAAAGCACUGAAACCUCUCAACAUUAAUGUGUAUUGGUUUAUUUGCUUUUUUUUUCAUAUUUCAAGAACUGUUUGGUUCAUUUUGAAAAGUUACUACUCAUAUUCAGACUACCCAAUCAUUCAUUAUGUUGAAUGCAAGGACACACUGUACUUUAAUUAGCCUGAUUAUGUGGCUUCUGCUGAGAUGUUUCAUUUUUUCAUUUGUGAUAAAUAUCCAUGACACAUUUCACAAGGUCAACACUGUGGAUGAGUGUUUGUGGAGGACAAGGGAGGUGUUGAGUGCAGAAAGAUCCUCCUUGAAAUGACGUUCAGCCCACGUAAUGUAGACGGACUGACCAACUCCAGAGACGUCAACAGAUUACUCAAUCUCACAUUUUUCUUGUAUGUCGACUCCCAGCAAGGCACUAGGAUACAGAGGAGACAUAAAGACAAUGUUCAAGUACGGGGAAGACAGUCAGCUGGAAGGAAACAGUGAUAUUUGUUAAACCAAGAGCAUAGGCGUCAGUUGUGUAUAGCAAGAUAUGGCAGCUGCCAUACCAUGAAAUUAGUUAUAGUUAGUUAUUAGUUAUAAAAAUAAAUAAAUAAAUAAUAAACUAAUUACACUUGUAUUGCCUUAAAUAAUGAUGAGGAUGACAUGCACUCUCACAUUCUGUUCUGCAUCAACGUUGCCUUUUUCUACAGCGUCCAAUAAGUCUGCUCAGUACAGCCAUGAGUGAUGACAGAUUGACCCACCUCAUGCUUAUGGCUGUAGAACUACACUGGUAAAGACAUUAAACGUGGAUGAUCUGGUGACAGACUUUGCCCUGUUGAGACCCAGACGCUUCCCUGUUAUAGACUAAACAACUAGCAGCCUACAGCACCAGAAGGUAAGAGGAUGGAUUUAUCUUCCUCCGUCUGACUAACUGUUGUGCUGUGCAAAGAGGAAAUAAUCGCCCACAGCAGCCUGAUGCUAUUUGUUGAAUUGUACAAUAGCUAACCUUUGUUGCCUUUGUCAAAUUGUAUUGAUGUUACAAUACAGACAUGAUUUAAUAUGUUGGGUUGUCUGAAGGCUCGGCACUGAUUGCUGUUUCAUUGUGUGCUAUUGGACCUGUGAACUGUGUGACCACGGAUGCAGUGCCCCAUAAAAAAAGAGAGACCUGUUUGAGAGGCAACGUGGACUUCAUGUAGCACUUACUGAAACUGAAAGCAUUGCAAUGUAUGGUUAUUCUAUGCAUCUACUGUAUGUACAAUAUGCACUGAUUCAUGCUAUUUGUCUAUGAGAAGAAAAUAGACCUCUGAUAGGUCCACAUUAUUCAGGUCAGUGAAGAUGAGUUCCACCAUGAUUUUCGACAAUAUGUUGUUUUGCCCAGCUACUUUAGAUAAGUGCCUCACAGCCUGAACAAAUGAUGUCUGUCAUUGUCAGUGUUUUUCCUGCAAACCUAUGAAUUUAAAUAUAUUAUUGUAAUCCAAA